CAAAAUCCUAUCAAAGACAACGCCCUAGAUUUAGAAAUCGCUACACCUCUAGCCAUGGGAGCUGGUCAAGUUGAUCCAAACCGUGCGCUUGAUCCAGGUCUUAUAUAUGAUGUUACUCCACAAGACUAUGUUGAUCUCCUUUGCUCCUUGAAUUUCACUCAGAAUCAAAUCUUAACCAUCACCAGAUCAAACAGUUAUCCUUGCUUGACCUCAUCUUCUGAUCUGAACUAUCCAUCAUUUAUCGCUUUGUACACUUACGGAGCCAUGGGCAUAUUUGUCCAGAAAUUUCAACGGACUGUCACAAAUGUAGGGGAUGGUGCAGCAACCUAUAAGGCUGAGGUGACCGCGCCAAAAGGCUCUGUAGUCACAGUAUCACCAGACAAAAUGGUGUUUGGGAAGAAGUAUGAAAAACAGAGCUACUUUUUGACUAUCCAUUAUUCAGCUGACGAGAAUGGAACUAAUACAUUUGGUUCUAUAAUUUGGGUUGAAGAUAAUGGUAAGCACAGAGUGAGGAGUCCUAUAGUGGUUUCGACUACUAUAGAAGUUUGGGGAUCUUGAUUGGAUUGUCUGACCACAGAACAUCUAGAACAAGAAAACAUCAAUGAACUGCACAACAAUAUGUUUGAGGUGGUCAAGUUUGCAAAUAUAUUCUGAUGUUUGUUGAAAAAUAAACUUGUUUUAG